GUGGCGGAGGCCAGCGCGGCCGAAGCGGCCACCGGAGCGGAGGCUGCGGCCCCCCCCUUGGGGGAGGAGGAUGCGGAUGAGGAUGAGGAGGGGAACCCAGACUUUCCCAUGGCCUCGCUGUAUGUGGGCGACCUGCACCCUGAGGUGACCGAGGCAAUGCUGUACGAGAAGUUCAGUCCAGCCGGGCCCAUCCUCUCCAUCCGCAUUUGCAGGGACAAGAUCACCCGCCGCUCAUUGGGCUAUGCGUAUGUCAACUAUCAGCAACCGGUGGAUGCCAAGCGGGCCCUGGAGACCCUGAACUUCGAUGUCAUAAAGGGCAGGCCAGUGCGCAUCAUGUGGUCCCAGAGGGACCCCUCGCUCCGCAAAAGCGGGGUGGGCAACGUCUUCAUCAAGAACCUGGGCAAGACCAUCGACAACAAGGCGCUGUACAACAUCUUCUCGGCGUUUGGCAACAUCCUCUCCUGCAAAGUGGCCUGCGACGAAAAGGGGCCCAAGGGCUACGGGUUCGUGCACUUCCAGAAGCAGGAGUCCGCGGAGCGGGCCAUCGAUGCGAUGAAUGGCAUGUUCCUCAACUACCGCAAAAUUUUCGUGGGGAGAUUCAAGUCGCAUAAAGAACGAGAGGCCGAAAGGGGAGCCUGGGCCAGGCAGUCCACCAGCGCUGACGUCAAGGAUUUCGAGGACGACACCGACGAGGAGGCCACCUUUCGAUGA